GAAGCUGGUCCUUACUUUCUAAAUGUAGUACUCAGCAGUUGUGCAGCUGGGUUGUUACAGAGCAUCUUUGGCUUUAUUGUGGUGACAGCGACAGAAACAGAGGGAGCGAAGCGAGACAGCUUGUGGACACACACUGAGGGAUCACUGUAACGUUACAUCGGAGGGACAUAGAGGGACUGUGUCCACAGUGAGGGACAGUGAGACAGACAGCAGCUGACAUGAGUGAAUCCACUGUGGACUCGAGCACGCUCUGCCUCUUCGAUGUGGACGGCACGCUCACGGCCGCGAGACAGCGUGUGACUCCACACAUGGCCGAGUUCCUUGAGAAGCUGAGGACUCGGGUUCGAGUCGGAGUAGUCGGAGGGUCGGACCUCAGCAAGAUCAAAGAGCAGCUGGGAGAUGAUGUGAUCCAGAAAGCUGACUACGUGUUUGCUGAGAAUGGUCUUGUGGCCUAUAAGAAUGGCGAGUUGCUCUCUGUACAGUCUAUCCAGGCCCAUAUGGGAGAAGAACUGCUCCAAGACUUCAUUAACUUCUGUCUCAACUACAUGGCCAAGAUCAAACUGCCCAAGAAGAGGGGGACGUUUAUUGAAUUCCGUAAUGGCAUGUUGAACGUCUCCCCCAUUGGACGCAGCUGUUCACAGGAAGAGAGGAAUGAGUUCUACGAGCUAGAUAAGAAAGAGAAAAUCAGAGAGAAGUUUGUGUCCAUAUUAAGGGAAGAGUUCAAAGGAAAAGGAUUGUCUUUUUCAAUCGGAGGGCAGAUCAGCUUUGAUGUGUUUCCUGACGGCUGGGAUAAGAGAUACUGUCUGAGCUUUGUGGAGAAGGACAACUUCUCAGCUGUUCACUUCUUUGGAGACAAGACCAAACCUGGAGGAAACGACUACGAGAUCUACAGCGACCCGCGGACCAUCGGCCAUGAAGUCACCUGUCCAGAGGAAACCGAACAACUUUGUCAGCAGCUUUUCCUCUCAUGAGAGAGAAGCAGCAGAUGUUACUGCACGCUCACGUCUUUUUAACUAGACAGACAAGAGAGGCUUCUGUUGGAGGCCUUAUUGAUCUGUCACGAUCUUAUCUCGAGGUUUAAUCAUAGGAAUAAUUCAUUUAAUGCACAAAGAGCCAGUGUUACGGCGUCUCUGGUGAAUUCAAGGAAAAAGAGGGAACAUUCGCUGACGAAUGAAAGGAGGGAUUUCUGGGUAUUUUUGAUUGGGGUUUAAAUGAAAGCUGUCUUGCCUUUAAAUGUGAUGGUAAAAGUAACGGUUUGAUUUUUUAUAAUGAGAUUCUAGCUUGUGUUAUUAACAUUACCUCAUGGUAAACCUUGAGCCAUAACAGUUAGCAACAAAAUGUUCCUGUUUGCAGAGACUAUCGAGGGGCAAAGUCCCUCCCCUUCUGGUUCCCCCCAAAAAUACGUACGAUAGUUAACGUCAAGACGAAUCAUUUUUGACCCUGUUUGAGUUGUGCCAUGAAUUACACAUAUGAUGUUUGUCAAUUUAAAAGACACUUUUACAAGUCAAAAAAAGUUGCAUUUUGUCAUAGUACCAUUUAGUUUCUGUGUGUAACCACUCAGGAAACUACGUCUCUUGUCACCAACACCAACAUGGCCGUUAUCGUAGCACAAUAUAAUAUCUGAGUCCAUAGGGACAUGGGUUGGGAACCAGAGGGUCACCAGUUCAAGUCCCCGUCUGGACCAAAUAUGGAGUGUGGACUUGUAGCGGGAGAGGUGCCAGUUCACCCCCAGGCACAACCAAGGUGCCCCCGAGCAAGGCACUGAACCCCCAACUGCUCGGGACACCUGUCCAUUGGCCGCCCCUUGCUCUGACAUCUCUUCAUUUAAAGUGUGUAUAGGUCCUGUUUGUGCAUGUGUGUGUAUUUCAGGACUGUGUGUGUGUUUGACAACAGAGUGAAAAAAAAUUAAAUUUCCCCUCGGGGAUUAAUAAGUUAUAUCCUCUUCAUCUUACCUGAUGUGUUUGAUCCAGUGACUCCUGGUCUUUUUAUCAACGGGGAAGCAAAAGGCAAAGUAAGACUUUUGCUUGUGUGAGCCAUAGAUGUGUAAGUGUGUGUACAUCCUGGUAUGAGACACACAGCCAUUGUAGCUUUAGCAAGAGAGAAAGUUAUGACGUCAUAUGCAACAUUUGGGUGUGUAGUCUUUCUAAUUAUGUGUUUUCACACUCUUAUACUCCAACAGUUUGCAACUCGCAGUUUCCAUGAUCACUUCAAUAUGUACUUGGAAUGAAUGUGAGUUUUUUGACUUGCAAAAUUAUCUUUUAAAUUGACAAACAUAUGUGUAAUUCAAGACAGUUCAAAUGGGAUCAAAAAAUCCUUUUGUCUCUUGCCAUAAACUCUCCUACAUACAUUUAUUUAAUCCAUAUUUAACCAUGUAAAUCCCAUAGAGAUUAACAAUCUUUUUUACAAGGGAGACCUGGCCAAGACAGCAGCACACAAAAAGUUACAGCCAAACAACACAAUAAAAAACAUAAAAGAUAAACAGUAACAUGUAGAAAUAUUAGACCAUUUAUGCACAAUGACAAGGGCCAAACCAGCCAGAAGGAGCAAGGUGAGCCGGGUAGAAAUGGGGGUUUUCAGCUACCCACGUACAAGUGAAAUAGCCUGCAGGUGGCUAACACAGUGUUGAGAGGACGGAAAGAAAUUCAACUAGAGUUAAGUGGAUGGUCAGAGGCAGGACGGCUUUUAUUGUGCAAAAAUGGUCCACUAUCUUUAAUUGUGGAAACAUAACUCAACUAGAAAUCAGUUUGCACUGCACGUCAAUACGGUCUGAUUCUGAAUGUGCUUUGAACAGAACUCCCUCGUGACCUGGUGUGCCUCUGACAAGCUGCGUCAGUGACACAGACGUCUCUUUGAUUUUCUUCAGAUGUGAUUUUGUAGCAGUGGGUAGAGGCUUCAAGUUAAACCCGCUGGUCACAUGUCACUGUUCAUGAAACAAUCAGACAAUGAAUGCUGCUUUUCUUUUCCCAGAGCUAAUUUGUCAGUCAAAUGUUGUGACCAGAGACCAUGAGAUCUUCCAAAUGUUGAA